UGUGAAGUGUGUUACCCAUAAUGCCUUGUACCGCGUUCGCGUCAUCUUUGAGGGCCCGGCAUCCAUGAUGGCGGCGCUCAGUACGGCAGAAGUCAUCAGCCAGCUGGAAAGUGCUGCCAAAGUUUUAAUGGCACCGCCGUCCAUGGUGAGCACAGAGCAGCGCCAUCAUGCCGAGCACAUCUUUCUCUCCUUCAGAAAGUCCAAGUCGCCCUUUGCCAUUUGUAAACACAUCUUGGAGAGCAGCAAAGUGGACUAUGUGCUGUUCGAGGCCGCCACUGCCAUCAUGGAAGCGGUGGUGCGGGAGUGGAUUUUGCUGGAGAAGUCCAACAUCGAGUCCCUCAGAGCCUUCCUGCUUUCAUACGUCCUGCACAGACCCAAUUUGCAGAAGUACGUGCGCGAGCAGAUGUUACUGGCCGUGGCCGUCAUUGUCAAGCGCGGCACCCUCGACAAAACGGUCAGCUGCAAAAGUGUCUUCCUGGAGGUCGGACAGCUUAUCGGCAGUGGGAACCCCAAUGUGCAAACGCUGGCCUGCUCCAUCCUGACUGCGCUGCUGAGCGAGUUCUCCAGCUCCAGCAAGACCAGCAGCAUCGGACUGAGCAUGGAGUUUCACGGUAGCUGUAAACGCCUCUUCCAGGAGGAGGGUUUGCGUCAGAUCUUCGCAAUGACCAUGGAGGUUCUGCAGGAGUUCAGUCGGCGGGAGAACCUCAGCGCUCAGAUGUCCUGUGUCUUCCAGCGCUAUCUGGCGUUGGCAAAUCAGGUGCUCAGCUGGAACUUCCUGCCGUCUAAUCUGGGGCGCCACUACAUUGCCAUGUUCGAGGCGGCACAGAAUGUCAUGCUCAAGCCCACCGAGACGUGGAGGGAGGCGCUGCUGGACACCAGAGUCAUGGACCUCUUCUUCACAGUUCACAGGAAGAUCCGCGAGGACUCGGACAUGGCCCAGGACUCUCUACAGUGUCUGGCCCAGCUGGCCUCCAUGCACGGGCCCAUCUUCCCGGACGAGAGUGCCCAGAUCUCCUACCUGGCCCACCUGAUAGAGGGCCUACUCAGCAUGAUCAACGGCAUCGAGAUCGAAGACUCUGAGGCAGUGGGCAUCUCCAACAUCAUCUUCAACCUGAUCACCAUGUUUCCUCGGAGUGUUUUGACGGCACUGCCCAGCGAGCUCUUUACCUCCUUCAUCAACUGCCUAACGCUGCUCACCUCUUCAUUUGGACAGAGCGCCGCCCUUGAGGAGGUGUUGGAUAAGGAUGACAUGGUAUACAUGGAGGCGUACGACAGGCUGCUGGAGUCGUGGCUCACGCUGGUGCAGGACGAGGAGCAUUUCCCUCGCGGUUGUUUCGUCCAGCCCGCCGUGCAGGUCUUCAACGCCUACAUCCAGUGUCACUUGGCCGCACCCGACGGGACCCGCAAUCUGUCGGUGAACGGCGUGUCGUCCCAUGAGGAGGAGGAGAUCAAUGAGCUGCAAGAAGACGACAGGGAAUUGUUCUCAGACCAGCUUUCCAGCAUUGGAACGCUGGGGCGGGUGGCUGCAGACCACUGCAUACCCCUCCUGACGAGCCUCCUGGAAGACCGAGUGACACGACUCCACGGUCAGCUCCAGAGAACCCAGCAGCACUUAAUGUCCUCGUCAGACCUGACAUCAACGGACCGCAAAGUUCUGGAUGACCUCUACGAAGACAUCCACUGGCUCAUCUUGGUCUCAGGUUAUCUCCUGGCGGACGACCCACAGGGGGAGACGCCGUUGAUCCCCUCCGAGGUGAUGGAGUUCUCGGUCAAGUGCUCAGCAGAGGUGGAUAUGAAUACGACGCUGCAGAUCCUGGGCUCGCCGGGGGAGAAGGCCUCGUCCAUCCCGGGGUUCGACCGCACAGACUCUGUCAUCAGGUUGCUGUCAGCCGUGCUGAGGACGUCCGAAGUGGAGUCCAGGGCCAGUAGAGCCAGUUUGACGCAGCUGCUGAGUCCUCAGAUGGGCAAAGACAUUGUUUGGUUCCUGAGACGCUGGGCCAAGACGUACCUGCUCAUGGAUGAGAAGCUCUACCAGCAGGUCAGCCUCCCCUUCAGCACGGCAUUUGGUGUGGAGACGGAGGGGGCCCAGUGGAUCGUGGGGUACCUGCUGGAGAAAGUCAUCACUAACCUGUCAGUGUGGAGCUCAGAGACGGAGCUGGCCAAUGACACGGUGGAGCUGCUGGUGACGUUGGUGGAGCGGCGGGAGAGGGCCAACAUGGUGGUGCAAUGCGAGAGCUGGUGGAACCUGGCCAAGCAGUUUGCCGGUCGCAGUCCGCCACUGCACCUGCUGUCCAGUUCGGUGCAGAGGACCCUCAUGAAGGCACUGGUGCUGGGGGGCUUCGCGCAAAUGGACUCGGACACCAAGCAGCAGUACUGGGCCGAGGUGCUGCACCCUCUGCAGCAGCGGUUCCUCAACCUCAUCAACCAGGAAAACUUUGCUCAGAUCAGCCAGGAGGAGGCGGUCAAGCGCGAAAUCGUGGCCACGUUGGAGGCUCUGUGCGGCAUUGCCGAGGCCACGCAGAUCGACAACGUGGCGUCGCUCUUCUCCUUCCUUAUGGACUUCCUGUCCAGCUGCAUUGGACUUAUGGAGGUUUACAGCAACACACCGGAGACCAUCAACCUUAUCAUUGAGGUCUUUGUGGAGGUCGCUCACAAGCAGAUCUGCUACCUGGGAGAGAACAAGUCGAUGAAGCUGUACGAGGCGUGCCUGACGCUGCUACAGGUUUACUCCAAGAACAACCAGAGCAGGAAGCGAAGCGAUGCCGCCGCCGAGGAGGACCAGUACCAAGAUCUGCUGCUGAUCAUGGAGCUGCUCACCAACCUGCUGUCCAAAGAGUUCAUAGACUUCAGUGACACAGAUGAGGUGUUCCGUAGCCAAGACCAGGGCACGCCGGCGUCCAGUCGCCCGGUGUCUGCCGCAGACGUUGUCUUAUAUGGCGUCAACAUCGUUCUUCCUCUCAUGUCUCAGGACCUUCUCAAGUUCCCAUCUCUGUGCAACCAGUACUACAAGCUCAUCACCUUCAUCUGUGAGAUCUUCCCUGAGAAGAUCCCACAGCUGCCCGAGGAUCUCUUCAAGAGCCUCAUGUUCUCGCUGGAGUUAGGGAUGACAUCGAUGGGUUCGGAGAUCAGUCAGCUUUGUCUGGAAGCUUUGUCACCAUUGGCUGAGCAAUGUGCCAAAAACCAGGAGAAGGACACGCCCCUUUUCAUGGCCACGCGACACUUCCUCAAGCUGGUGUUCGACAUGUUGGUACUGCAGAAGCACAACACUGAGAUGACUGUCGCAGCCGGAGAAGCACUUUACACGCUAGUCUGUCUGCACCAGGCGGAGUACUCGGACCUGGUGGAGUCGUUGCUGUCGUCCCAGCGUGACGCGGUCAUCUACGGGCGCCUGGUGGUGGCCUUCAACACGCUGACAGCCAGCAGCACGCCGCCCGCCAUGGAGCGGAAGCAGAAGAUGGCCUUCCUCAAGAGCCUUGACGAUUUUGUGGCCAACGUGGGGGGGCUGCUCUGCGUCAAGUAGCCACUGCAAAAACAUGGACACACGUCAUGCCUUUUUUAGGUCAAGUACACCCGCCCGCCAACUAUAAACUAUGGGUAGAGAGGGAAGGACGCUCGCCAUGGCAACCCUACUGGACUGCAGUGCAGACAGACGGACGGACGGACGGACAUGCUCUUGAUGGAGGUUACACAAAGCAACCAGUCAAAGCUGCUGGAGCUCACAGACACAUCCACACACAUCUUUACAGUGUUAUUGGAAGUUGACAAAGAUUUUUUUUUUUUUAUCUAUUUUUCCCCAGUGUGCUUUUUGAAUGCCUUUGAAGCUGUUGGAGGACCAUUAUGUCUAGAGAAUGUACACACAGGCACAAAUGCACUCACACACAUAUUACUGUACACACAUGCAUAUACCCCACACAAACACACAUGCGUAUAGACGUUCCCACAAGUGUGUAUUUACAUGCGCACGUACGGACAAGCAUGGAUACAGAUGUAGGCACACACAUUGACACACGUUCACAGAUAAUACGCACAUUUCCACACAGACAUACAUUUAUGCUAAGUACACAAACGACACAUGCAUAAACGUACACUUUAACCCACACACAUUUACACGAGCACACAUUGACACACACACAUCUCCAAAUCUCCCCAGAGUGCCUUUGUGUGUACUGUCGUAAGGUGUAAAGUGUACGUCUGUGUCUGUGCCUUGUAUCAUGCGUCACCAUGACGACAAAGGGCGCCCGGUUGCGUUCAAGUGCGCUGUUUUUGUCAGGCACCAAAAAAGCGAAAGCAUGCGCAUGCUGGCGUCCGCCUGCGGGCGUGUUCCAUUUUUGUUCUGUUUGAGGAACCACACGACACGCUGAGACUGAAAUGUUUUGUAUGCCAGCAGGGGGCAGUCAACCUUUGUGCUUGAUUUCAGCUCAUCAAGAGACAUUCAAUGACUGGAUUCUGAGUAGUAUUUUUCUAAUGUGACAUUUCCUCCGGGGAAAGGAGCAGAAAGACUUCAACCACACUACCUGUGUGUUGACCACAUUAAAAGUGUACAUAAAGUUGGA